AUGCCACAGACGAUAUACACCGACAACGCAACCAACUUUGUCGGCGCCGACCGCAAGCUGCGCGAGCUGAAGGAGGCCUUUCUAGCGCAAGCUCCAGAGCUAAUGGGAUUCGCAGCCGAAGAAGGAUUCAGAUUCGGCUUUAUACCACCCAGGGCGCCGCACUUCGGCCGAAUAUGGGAGGCGGCGGUGAAGUCCGCCAAGCAUCUGGUCGUUCGCGCACUCGGCAACGCUCUACUAACGACGGAAGAGCUCUCAACGCUAUUGGCCGAAGUGGAGGCCAUCCUCAACUCUCGCUCCCUAGUACCUCUGAGCCGAGACCCCAACGACGGCUAG